ACUUCCACGGUGACUUUCACUCGCACCGUACACUACACACGAAGGUCCCCCUCUUCCUCUCUGUGUGUGACGCUCUCCGAAGCAUCAGAGCAGCAGCAUCAUGAGAGGACACACAGAGGGAGUUUACCUCUCUUCACCAAGGGAGUAAGGAAAAGAAGAGAGGAGAGGAGAAGACUGAAGAAAGCAAGACAGAGAAAAAAGGAAAGAAAGAAGAAAACUUUCCUCUACAGGAUCUUUCCUCCACGUUUUGAGACUUACCAUGAGGCUCUGAAUUCUCUUCCUCUCUCAUAGCUCUUCUUCAGUAGCUGAACCCAUGUCUCUAAAAGUGGCAGCCACCAGUAAAAGUGCCAGCACCCACCUCUUGAUGCUGCUGUGCCCCCUGCUCUGUGCUCUGGUCCCUGCUGGAGGCUCCACACUGAGCCCCGAGGACUCGCGGAGCACUGCUGCCACGUUGCUGCCAGAGGACUUGACCGGCACAACAAUACAACUCCAGCCAGACCUGCAGACUGAAGCCCAGACACCAACAGAGGCACAGACAGAAGCACAGACAGAGGCUCUGACAGAUAUGCAGACCCAGGGUGUCACCAGCAAUUAUACAGGUCUGUCCUGUAUGCCUGUCCUGCCACCACGUCGGGGUUCCUUCUAUGUGGAAGGUGGAACAGGUGUGUCGAUCGGGAGUGCUUUGGCCUUUUGGUGCAGAGAUGGAUACCAGCUGGUUGGCAGCGACAAAAUCUACUGCCAUGUCAGGAAUGGUAAAGCGCAGUGGAGCAACUACCUGCCUGUCUGUGAAGCUAUCCCCAGGCCGGAGGACCGUGGACUGAGAGUGGCUGUGCUGGCCUCAGUUGUUAGUGGCAUUGUCAUCCUCGCCAUGUCCCUGUCCUUUCUCAUCUGCUGUCUGCAGGAGCGAUCCAGCCGGGACCGUUCCAAGAAAGAUGGACGGAUCAGACGCAGAGACAAGCGCUCCGCCCGUCGCAGCGAGUGCUGGCUGGAGAGAGAGGAGGGCGAAUGGGAAGCCUUCCCUCCACCUAAGAUCUUCCACCUGUCACAGAGGAUGAACCCCCGUCUUGCUCCAGACAGCCCGCUCUACCUGACGGGAGGCCUCAGUGGAUACGAGAACAGAGGAUACCAAAGGAGUCAGGAGAGUCUGCUGAAGGCCUCCAUGCCCGGGCUCUACCGCUCCGAGUCUCAGCUUUACCCACAUGUUGUCCUGCAGAGGGUCCCAACGCCGACUGCACCGUCCGCUCCGACUGCUCCCUCGGCUCCCUCGGCUCCUCUCUACCUUCACCUCCCUGACUCCUCUUCUGCCGCUUCCUCUCCCGCCCACACCAUCCCCCACAGCCAGCCACACGGCAUGCCACAGUACCCCACCCCAACAUAUCCUCCAAAACCCAAUGUAGUGCCAAACUACCACCACCCAACACCGGCGCCCAUCUAUCCCAACCCCAAUCCAACACCACAGAGGCCAUGGCAGUAAGCUACGUACUUCCGCUUCCAUUUUUUCUGGGCGCUGUGGUGCUCCUACUGAAGAACGGGCAUGUUCAGAGACACAUGAAGUCUUUUUACUCUUUCUUAUCCCAGUUUUCUCCCACAGAGGUCUGCCAGUGCCAAUAAUCUAAAGCAGACAUGUAGAAAUGGACAUGCAGCCAGCGUAGAAGCUCCCCUUUGUUGUGCAUGCUUGAUGGACUUCUCAGUUUGGACUGAGCGGGAACCUAACAACUUUUUUCCCCUUGAUUCUCACUCAGAUGAAGCUAUGUUACCAGCAGGGGGAGACUGGUGGAGAAAACCCUGCUUUUGUUUAACAACCACCAGAUCGUCAUUACUGAAACCCGAUGUAGCCUAGCAACAAAGGGACACAAAGAGUUGUUAUUUAGAUUCCACUAAUUUUGUUCAUUGAAGGAAGACUUUGUUUAGGCAGCUCUCAGAAAUGUACAUUUUAAUAGCUAACUGUUUAGAAAUAAUCAGCCAUCAUCGCACAUAUUAUUCUCUUGAGCUAAAUAAAUUGACAAAUAUAUAUUUUUUGACAUAUCUUCUUGGAAUCAUACCCAUCUUUUUACCAGAGCCAUGUGUGAUGUAAUGAAAGCAGCUCUUGUUAAUACACUGAGGUAUUUUCCCACAAUGAAUGGGUAAAACACAGUAAUGAGGGCUUUUAUUGGCAGCAAGCGCCGUUGUAGCAACCACUGAGCAAAGCCAGCUUGUGUGGAUUUAACAGCACACUGGCUAUUGUUAAUUCACAUAUUCUUUCUUUCAACACUGUUAACUACUUUUAACUUUUUCUUCUGUCUGUGUCUGUUUAUGUUUCCUUCUUGCAGCUAUUUGUGUAGUACAAUAAGAAAAUUAAUAAGAAAAGCUUUAGUGAUCAGCACUGUGGCUGGUGAAACAUUCCAGCGUGGUUAUUCUGGGGACGCUUGUGGGUUAUAAUUUAAAAAAAUCAUCACGUUAUAAUUAAUUCUAUGACAACAUAUUUAAUUUUAUGAAGAUCUUUUGUGCAAUGUUAGUGAAACAUGAGGAAGUCAGGCACACUGAGUCUGCAGUGGGUGGAGAUGCUAAACCUUUAUUGUUCCUUUGAACUGUUUAAAUGCAUUUAAAUCAUAAACUGUGCAAGGCCCAUUUACUUUUAUUUUUAAUAGAACACUAAUAAAUCUGCACUUUAACCCUUUUUUAAAUGGCUAGUCUUUUACUGUAAACUAUUUGUAUAACAACAGGACUGCCAUAAAUGCUGAAUAAAGAGAGUUCAAUAUGUUCA